AUGAGGCAGCACAGUCUCAGCAUUCUACCUCCUCAGCCCCUGCAUGGUGAACCAAAUUUCACGGGAGUGAGCAGUGGUUCGAAAAAACCAUUUGAGGCAUCUAACCCUAGAAAUGAUGUUCAAGAAUUUGCUAGUGUAGUUCAGCGUGAGGUAAACUGUCAAGGGCUUACUUCAGAGCAGGAUGUUCUAAAGCCAACUGAUUUAAAGACAUUGAAGAGGCUUGCUCAGAAUAGAGAAGCAGCGAAAAAAAGCAGGCUUAAGAAAAAGGCUUAUGUUCAAGAACUGGAAUCCCAUGUUCAAGAACUGGAAUCCCACAAAAUAGAGCUAGAUCAGUUAAAGCUGGAAAUUCAAAAUGAUGGAGCACAAGGAAUUUUACUGGGUGGAAAUGCGAAUGCCGGAGAGCAAGGCCUCGCUUAUACCAACAUAAUUCCAGGUGCGGCGCAAUUCGAUAAGGCGUACGCGCGAUGGCUGGAGGAGCACCACCACUUGACGGUGGAUCUGAGGGGCGCGGUCAACGAUUACCGGCGGCUGAACGAGAUAGGUACCGCCACCAGGAACUGGUUGGCCCACUGCGACCAGAUCGUCGCCCUCAAGCGCAAGGCCCUCAAGAACGACGUCUUCCACGUCUUCACCGGAAUGUGGAAGGCACCGGCAGAGCGCUGCUUUAUGUGGAUGGGGGGUUUCCGGCCGUCAGCGGCCAUCAAGAUAGCGUUGAGUCAGAUGGAGGGCUUGACGGAGCAGCAACGGGCGGGGCUUCGGGGGCUGCAUCAGUCGACCAACGAAGCGGAAGAGGCGAUCUCUGGUGGGUUCGAGAGGUUGGAUCAAUGCCUGACCCAAACCAUCGUCGGCAACACUCUCACUGUGCCACCAGAUGUGAACACUUACAUGACACAAAUGUCUAUUGCCACUAAGCAAGUCUCUGCUCUCCAAGGCGUUGUCACACAGGGUGAUAGCUUGAGGCUGCAAACCCUUCAAGAGCUGCGGCUGCAUCUGACGAUCCGCCAAGCCGCGCAAUGUUUUCUGGUCAUCAGCGAGUACUUCAACCGCCUCCGCUCCCUCAGCACCCUCUGGCUCAACCGCACCCGCCACGACUAA